AUGGCCAACCCAGCUCUGACAGAAGAUGCCGUGAGCCCAGGCGCAGUUGCUUGGGUCUUGACCUCAACGGCAUUCGUGUUCUUAAUGACUGCGGGGCUUGGCUUCUUCUAUGGUGGCCUGGUGCGCGACACAAACAUUAUCAACACCAUGAUGAUGAGCGUGGUGUCCAUGGGAAUCGUGACUCUGACCUGGGUUGUCUUUGGCUUCUCAUGGGCAUUUGGAGACAAUGGUUCCACUGGAUUCGGCAUGUUCGUUGGCAACUUCGACUACAGCCUUUGGAUGGAUUUGGACAUGAAGAUGUGGGGUGACUCCGGCCUCCCAGCUUUGGUGUUCGCUGCCUUCCAGAUGACCUUUGCCAUCAUUUCUUCUGCAAUCAUUUCCGGCUCGUUGGUGGAGCGCAUGCGUUUCAGUGCUUACUGCAUCAUGCUUGCUCUGUGGUCCCUUCUGAUCUACGCACCUUUGUGCCACUGGGUUUGGGGCUCUGGCGGCUGGAUUGGUGAGAUGGGAGCUCUGGACUUUGCGGGUGGAACUGUGGUUCACAUUAGCUCCGGUGUGUCCGGCCUUGUUGCCGGUGGCAUCCUUGGACCACGCAGGCACGUGGAGAAGGAUUUGGGUCCUGCCAACGUCCCUUUCGUGAUCUUGGGUGGUUGCCUCCUUUGGUUCGGCUGGUUGGGAUUCAACGGCGGUUCUGCUCUGUCCGUCACGGAUGGAGUUGCAGCCCGUGCGGUGGCCACCACUUUUGUGGCGUCAGCCUCAUCCAUGCUGACCUGGUUGGCCCUGGAGCGCAUCUUGAAGGGCAAGUCUACCAGUGUCGGAGCAUCUGUUGGUGCUGUUGCAGGCCUGGUGUGCAUCACACCUGCAGCCGGCUUCGUGACUCCUGGCUGGAGCAUCGCAAUUGGUGCCUUGGGAGCUCCUUGGUGUUUUGCCACUGUGGAGCUGAUGAACAAGAUCAACUUGGUGGAUGACACUCUUGAUGCGUUCGGCUUGCAUGGUUCGGGUGGCAUCGCAGGUGCCAUCUUGACCGGCAUUUUUGCAGUGGAAGAUGGCCUCAUCUACAGCGGUAGCUUCUUGCUGCUGGGCAAGCAGAUUGCCGGUGCCCUGGCUGGUGUGGCUUUCUCUGCUGUGGGCACUGCCAUCAUUGUCGGAGUCAUGAAGCUGCUGCUGAAGCUGCGCAUUCCCGAAGAGCACGAGGUUGGUGGUGUUGAUCAACACACUCACGGUGAGAGCUACCACAGCCCCGUGAAGCAGUACCCCAAGGCCAAGUCUUCAGAUGUUUCGGAGUCAACUGAGCACCGCAGUGCCCGUGUUAUCAGUGUUGUAGCUUUUUCCCACAACCUGCCAAAAGCAAUGGCCAACCCAGCUCUGACAGAAGAUGCCGUGAGCCCAGGCGCAGUUGCUUGGGUCUUGACCUCAACGGCAUUCGUGUUCUUAAUGACUGCGGGGCUUGGCUUCUUCUAUGGUGGCCUGGUGCGCGACACAAACAUCAUCAACACCAUGAUGAUGAGCGUGGUGUCCAUGGGAAUCGUGACUCUGACCUGGGUUGUCUUUGGCUUCUCAUGGGCAUUUGGAGACAAUGGUUCCACUGGAUUCGGCAUGUUCGUUGGCAACUUCGACUACAGCCUUUGGAUGGAUUUGGACAUGAAGAUGUGGGGUGACUCCGGCCUCCCAGCUUUGGUGUUCGCUGCCUUCCAGAUGACCUUUGCCAUCAUUUCUUCUGCAAUCAUUUCCGGCUCGUUGGUGGAGCGCAUGCGUUUCAGUGCUUACUGCAUCAUGCUCGCUCUGUGGUCCCUUCUGAUCUACGCACCUUUGUGCCACUGGGUUUGGGGCCCUGGCGGCUGGAUUGGUGAGAUGGGAGCUUUGGACUUCGCCGGUGGAACUGUGGUUCACAUCAGCUCCGGUGUGUCCGGCCUUGUUGCCGGUGGCAUCCUUGGACCACGCAGGCACGUGGAGAAGGAUUUGGGCCCUGCCAACGUCCCUUUCGUGAUCUUGGGCGGCUGCCUCCUUUGGUUCGGCUGGUUGGGAUUCAACGGCGGUUCUGCUCUGUCUGUCACAGAUGGAGUGGCAGCCCGUGCAGUGGCCACAACUUUCGUGGCGUCAGCCUCAUCCAUGCUGACCUGGUUGGCCCUGGAGCGCAUCUUGAAGGGCAAGUCUACCAGUGUUGGAGCAUCUGUUGGUGCUGUUGCAGGCCUGGUGUGCAUCACACCUGCAGCCGGCUUCGUGACUCCUGGCUGGAGCAUCGCAAUUGGUGCCUUGGGAGCUCCUUGGUGUUUCGCUACUGUGGAGCUGAUGAACAAGAUCAACUUGGUGGAUGACACUCUUGAUGCGUUCGGCUUGCAUGGUUCGGGCGGCAUCGCAGGUGCCAUCUUGACCGGCAUUUUUGCAGUGGAAGAUGGCCUCAUCUACAGCGGUAGCUUCUUGCUGCUGGGCAAGCAGAUUGCCGGUGCCCUGGCUGGUGUGGCUUUCUCUGCUGUGGGCACUGCCAUCAUUGUCGGAGUCAUGAAGCUGCUGCUGAAGCUGCGCAUUCCCGAAGAGCACGAGGUUGGUGGUGUUGAUCAACACACUCACGGUGAGAGCUACCACAGCCCCGUGAAGCAGUACCCGAAGGCCAAGUCUUCAGAUGUUUCGGAGUCCACUGAGCAGCCAUCUGAGACAGUGUGA